AUGACUGUGUUAAUGUUUAACUUGAGGGUGUUGCAGUAUUGCUACGGAGCCAGGGAGACUUUGGGCAGCUCCUGGCAAAGGGGAGGUGCAGCAGACUUUCUGCCAGCCGCUGUGGUCUCUGUGAAGCCUCCACCUACCGCCAGCUGUGUGGAGGAGAUGAUGCUGCCUGCGGUGGGCUCGGGGAAAGGCAUUCUGGUGAGCAGUGAGAGGCUGGAGCCCAAGGAAGAGGAUGGUUCUGGGAGAGAUAUGGAUUCCACUUCCAAUGCAGACAGUGAGAAAUGGGUGGUGGGAGAUGGCCUAGAGGAGCAGGAAUUUUCCAUCAAGGAAGCUAACUUCACAGAGGGGAGUUUAAAACUAAAGAUCCAGACCACUAAGAGAGCUAAGAAGCCCCCAAAGAACUUGGAGAAUUAUAUUUGCCCUCCUGAGAUCAAAAUCACCAUCAAGCAAUCUGGGGAGCAGAAGCUUUCCAGAGCUGGGGAAAAUAGCAAAACAGCUAAAGAGGAGGACAGAUCCCACUCAAGAAAGAAGAUCUGGGGAGUCUCUGGGACCUUCGCGCUGGCAAUCGGGAGUUUCCCUGAAAGGAACCACAGCUCCCCAGACCGACUCGGGACCUCGGGAAAAGUCAUUGGAGAUGCAAAACUGCUUAGGAGUUGUGGUUGCAGAAAAGGGAAAAAUGCUCAAGUGAAAAACUUGGAUCAGGUUUAUGACAGGCCACAAAAAUAUUCUGCUCUGCACUAUGAACUGGGCCUCCAAAAAAACUUCACCAGUGACACCUUAAAAUCAAAGCACCAGCAGAUAAGUAGCAACCAGCACCAUCUUGACUGGUUAGGGAGCUCCAAUUCUGCAUCUGCUUCUCAAAGUUUCUUCAACACAGAACCCAGUCAAGAAUCAGUUAGUGCCAUCAAGUUCUCCACCUCAGAGCCAGGAGUUUCCUUCAGCAAAUCCCAAGCAAAGAAGUCCUGCACCAGCAGCACAUGGGGGAAGCUGUCAGCCAGUAGUAAGGAGCUUGCUAUUUGCAGUGUAGUCCCAUCACUCAACAACAUCAGCAUGGCUGCCCAGCCAAGCAGCUCCUCCAAGUGCAAUUGGUUUUUGACUCUCAAUGAUCAAGAGGGAGGUGUGCAGCUGGAGGUCUCUGAUCAGCCCACUGGGAGUACAAAGUCCAGCAAAAAGGACUUGAUAAGUCAAACCGUUCAAACUGCAGACAAUGAAUGGGUGAAGAGUGCCCAGAAAGCAUUUGACAGCAAAUCCCAUGACAGCAUGGAAGGAAAAAAGGAGUCUUACUUGAUGGACAGAAUGUUAGAUACGUCACCCUCUAAGCAGAAUCCCACUUCUGCUAGCAGUUGUGAAAGUGACACCAGUCAUGUACAAAUUACUAUCCCAAUAAAGUCUUCAACAACAGGUACAUCUGUCCACAAAAGGAAAAAAAGGCAAUCCACAAAACCUUCCAAAGAGAAAACUAUCCAGGAGAAAAGCCUUCAUCCUGGACUUGCUGUGAUCAGUAAAGUAGCUAAUAAGAUUAGCUCUCAACCAGAGAGGAGUAAAAAAGAUCUUCGAGCCACAAAGCCAGGGAAAAUGAUUGAAAAUGAGCCCCCCUUAGUAGCUAUUGACAAUGGUGUGCUCACUGACAAAGCUUCCCCUAACAGUGCUAUCAGACUCAGAAAAUCUGUAGCUGUGACAUCCACUCUCCUACCCACCGAUCAUUCCACAUCUGACAAACUAUACGAGGUCCAGCACCCCAAACAUGCAGGUAAGCAGCAAUGGACCUGCAGCAAACCUAAAUCUAUCCUUCGAGAGACCUCCAUGAUGACAUGUGAGAAGCUGAUGGUGAAGCCUCCUUCAGCCUAUCCCAUCACGCCAUCCAGCCCUCUGUAUACCAAUACAGAUAGUCUUACUGUGAUAACACCUGUCAAGAAAAAAAGAGGACGACCAAAGAAACAGCCUUUGCUCACUGUUGAAACCAUUCAUGAGGGAACCUCCACCAGCCCAGUGAGUCCAAUCAAUUAUGAAUUUCCAGGAACAAAGAAAAGGAAGAGGAGACAGAAUCUGGCCAAAUUGGCCCAGAUGGUCCCGAGAGAGGACAAGUCCAUCAGUGAACUCAAGUUUCACAAAAAGGUUGGGAAGCUUGGGGUUUUGGAUAAGAAGACUAUCAAGACCAUUAAUAAAAUGAAGACCCUCAAGAGGAAGAAUAUUCUUAAUCAGAUCUUGUCCUCCUGCUCCAGCAGCAUAGCUCUGAAAGCAAAAGUCCAGCCACCAUCUAGUGUGGGGCCAACCACCAUUGAUGCCAGACUAGGGAAACAGAUCAAUGUCAGCAAGAGAGGGACUAUCUACAUUGGUAAAAAAAGAGGCAGAAAGCCAAGAGUAGAGCUUCAGCCUCAGCUAGAAGAACCUAAGACAGCCAUCAAGCACUCAAGGCCUGUUUCCAGCCAGCCAGAAAACCCAGCAGUACCUUUCAACCUGCAGUCACUUGUGGCAUCAUCACCAGCAGCUAUUCAUCAACUUUCGACACAGUUAGUUGGGACUAAUGGCAACCUUAGCCCUGCAAGCACUGGAACAAAUUUUUCAGAGUUAAAAACUAUGCCAAAUCUUCAACCUAUCAGUGCUUUUCCUACAAAAACCCAGAAAGGAAUGCAUAGUGGAAUUUGGAAGCUGUCUCCACCUAGGUUAAUGGCAAAUUCACCUUCCCACCUCUGUGAAAUAGGUUCUCUGAAAGAAGUCACGCUGUCACCAGUGAGUGAAUCUCACAGUGAAGAAACCAUACCAAGUGACAGUGGGAUAGGUACAGACAACAACAGCACUUCUGAUCAAGCUGAGAAAAGCUCAGAAUCCUGCCAGAGAUGCUCCUUUGAUUUCUGCACCCUGGACAACCCAGAGGCUAUCCCAUCUGACACAAGCACAAAGAACAGGCAUGGUCACCGGCGGAAACAUCUGAUUAUGGAUAACUUUCUUUCUUAUGAGAGUAUUAAAAAGCCAAAACACAAGAGGAAAAGGAAAAGCCUGCAGAACAGAGAUGACCUCCAGUUUCUGGCAGACCUUGAGGAACUCAUCAAUAAGUUUCAAGUGUUCAGGAUUUCCCACAGAAGUUACACAUUUUAUCAUGAAAAUCCAUAUCCCAACAUCUUCAGGAUUAAUUUUGAUCACUACUACCCUGUGCCAUAUAUCCAGUAUGACCCAUUGCUCUAUCUUCACAGGACCUCUGACAUGAAGUCUAAGAAGAAAUGUGGUAGACCUGCUAAAACCAAUGACACCACGACAAAGGUGCCUUUUUUACAAGGGUUUGGUUACCCUAUUCCCAGUGGGAGUUACUAUGCACCCUAUGGAAUGCCUUACACAUCAAUGCUUAUGAUGAAUCUUGGUUACUAUGGUCAGCAUCCAGCUCCUUUUUACCUGUCUCACACGCUUGGAGAGGCUCCCCCAUUUAUGAGACCGACCAUGCCCCCACCCCAAUUCCAUGCAAGCUCUCAUAUGAAGAUGUCCACCACUGCCAAGCAUAAUGCAAAACAUGGAGUGCACCUACAAACACCUGCAGGAGUGGGCUUUGGAGACAUGCAGUCCUCUUUGGCUCCUCCAGAGGUUGGAGAAACAAGCCUUUCAAGUGGCCGACUUCACAAAAGGAAACACAGACAUAAGCACAAGCAUAAGGAUGAGCAAAUACUGGGGACAGAUGAAGAUCUGAGUGGUCUCUUUGCUAGCAAGUCCAGUGGCUUCUCCAGUCAUGUGAUCAACAAAAGGCUAAGCAGCUCAGAUAAAGACCUCUCCUUGCUCAAUGAGAAAAGCAAGCAUAAGAAGCAGAAGCACCAGCAUUGUGAAAACAGACACAAAGGUUCAAAGAGUAACUUUGAAGUGCAUAGGCUGCCUACAUUAUCACUUUUUCAUGCCCAGCAGUUGACACAGAGUAAAGAUAAAAGUGACUCAAGCAAUGAUCCUGUUGACUCUUGCACAAAGAGAUACACUGGUAAUACUGAGAGUAAUGGAAGGUCAGAGUCCUUGGACAUGUUUGGUGAAAUUAAUUCCUCAAGUGAGAAGUGGGACAAUGAUGCAAGUGAGAAUAAAAAAAGAAACUUUGAAGGGUUUGGAACUUACAGGGAAAAGGACAUUCAACCCUUCAGGGUAAACAGGAAGGACAGAAGUACUAGUACUUAUGAUUCUUCAGCCUCUUCAGGAAUUGCAGGUUCCCUCUUAAAAGGGGACCAGACUUCACUUCAUGGCAAAAUGGAAAGUUCUGCCUGUAACAUGGCGACCAGAAGAAUACCAGCAGCUGUUGACAAUGUUGCAAUGCCGACUCCAGUUUUUUCUCUCAUACCUUCAUCAUCAGCAACAUCUGAAGCAGCCAGCUCACCACUUAAAAAAAGUUUCAAGAGCUGCAAAAAUGAAGCAAUCCAGUGUGAGGUGCACAAGAUGUGCAACUACACAAAGAUCCUGUCCACAAAGAAGAACCUGGAUCAUGUGAACAAGAUCCUGAGAGCCAAGUGGCUACAGAGACAAUCAAAGACCGGCAAUAACUUCACCAAGAAGCAGAGGGGGCAUCCUCAGAAGCAACCCCUUUCCUUUGACAAAGACUCCAGAGAACAAAUACCCAUUCUGGAAAAAUGCAUAGACCUUCCCAGCAAAAGAGGUCAGAAAUCGACAUUCAAUUCUUUGAUGUUAGAGCAAUCAGCCACUUGAGAUACAAUCAUGGCCACGAUUGAGGCUGUCAUACACAUGGCUCAAGAGAUGCCACCCCCACUAUCUCCUCUCCCUUCUCCCUCUCCUUUGCCCCCUUUUCUUCUGCCCCAGACGAAAAGGAAAAGCAAGUCCCUGCAGGUGGAAGAGGAAAACGUGAAAGUGAAGUGGCACCAGAAAAUUAGACAGAGUGAAAGCAAAGGCUUUCCCUAA